AAUUUCAUUUCUUGCACAAAAAGAUUUUGGGGCCGCACAGCUCUUUCAUUACUGAGCUAUAUAUACACGCUGCGGGGUAUAUAUAUACAGAAAAGAGAUAGAGAGCUAAAACCCCUGGCGUUGCUACUUGAUCGUUACUCCAUUAUAUUCGUGAUUGGUGAAGGUGCUUGAGAGUUGAGAUGUUAUUGUGUUCUUAUUGAGAGAACUUCUUUUUUGGGCUAAUGGCUUCUGGAGCACUUUUGAGGAGGAGAAAGGUUAUUUCAGAUCAUCUGAGUAUCUCCGCUCGGUGUUUUCUUGGUGUACGGAAUGUGGCUCAGGGCCAGUCUCCUGAGCAGCUUGUGGAAUCUCGGGCUUUUAGUACUGUUAGUCAUAUUCCUUCUCAAGAGAAGGAUAGCAAGAAAACUGAUGAUGUUGCAUUCUUUGUAAAUGGGGAUUUACUGAAAACUUCUGCAUUAGGAUUAUUUAGGAGUAGUUACAGAAGUGUUCUGGCUGGACAAGGAAAUGGAAAGCCGGAUUUUGGUUUUAUUAUAGGUCCAAGGCAAACAUCACACUUCAUUCGUUAUGCUUCCACUGCUACGGCAGGUCAACCUAACUUGGAUGGUGACGAUGAGCAUAAUGACGAAUUGGUUGCUAAGAAGAGAAAGGAGGCAUCUGCCGAAGACUGUGAUCAAGCUGUUGAAGGGUUGAGUACCGCAAAAGCUAAAGCAAAAGCCAAACGUCUACAGGAAUCUCAAAAUGUUGCAAUUACUAUUUUACGUAAAGUAUGGACCACUAUCUUAGGUAUUGGUCCAGCUUUGAGAGCUGUGGCUGCCAUGAGCAGGGAGGACUGGGCAAAGAAACUAGUUCACUGGAAAAAUGAAUUUGUAUCAACACUCCAACAUUAUUGGUUAGGCAUUAAACUUCUGGGUGCUGAUGUGAGGAUUAGUUCUCGGUUGCUAGUAAAGCUGGCUCGUGGGAAGAGUUUAUCUAGGAGGGAGAGGCAGCAACUUACACGAACCACAGCUGAUAUUUUCAGGCUUGUUCCUGUUGCUAUCUUCAUUAUUGUUCCCUUUAUGGAAUUUCUGUUGCCAGUAUUCCUCAAAUUAUUUCCCAACAUGUUGCCAUCAACUUUUCAAGACAAGAUGAAAGAACAGGAAGCAAUGAAAAGGAAACUCAAGGCAAGAAUCGAAUAUGCGAAAUUUCUUCAGGACACAGCAAGAGAAAUGGCGAAAGAAGUUCAAAAUUUGCGAAGUGGUGACAUCAAACAAACGGCCGAAGAUCUUGAUGAUUUUGUUAACAAGGUCAGAACUGGUGCCCUAGUAUCCAAUGAGGAAAUUUUGGGCUUCGCUAAAUUGUUUAAUGACGAGCUCACAUUAGAUAACAUUAGCAGGCCUCGAUUAGUUAAUAUGUGCAAGUAUAUGGGAAUCACUCCAUAUGGAACAGAUUCAUAUUUGCGUUUCAUGCUACGGAAAAGAUUGCAAUCGAUUAAAAAAGAUGAUAAAUUAAUUCAAGCUGAGGGUGUGGAGUCUCUUUCAGAAGAUGAGCUUCGUGAAGAUUGUCGAGAAAGAGGCAUGCUUGGAUUUCAUUCAGUGGAAGAAAUGCGUCAACAGCUUCGUGACUGGUUGGAUUUAUCUCUUAAUCAUUCUGUUCCAUCUUCACUUCUCAUCCUCUCUAGAGCCUUCACUGUGACUGGAAAGUUAAAGCCCGAAGAAGCUGUUCUAGCUACACUAUCUUCACUACCAGAUGAAGUAGUAGAUACUGUCGGCAUCACAUCCCUACCAUCUGAAGAUUCUGUUUCUGAAAGACGGAGAAAACUCGAAUUUUUAGAAAUGCAAGAGGAACUUAUUAAGGAAGAGGAAGAGAAAGAGGAAAAAGAGAUAUCGAAAAAGAAGCAAUCUGAUGCUACUCAAGAGGAUCUGGCUCUAAAAGAGAUGACAACUCCAACUGCAAAAGAAGCACAGGAACAAGCUAGAGCAAGAGCUGUGGACAAACAAGAGCAGCUUUGCGAACUUAGUCGUGCAAUUGCUGUUUUAGCUUCUGCAUCGUCUGUGAGUACAGAGCGUGAGGAGUUUCUGAGGCUUGUCAAUAAAGAGAUCGAUCUUUACAAUAGCGUUAAGGACAAAGAGGGUGCAGAUGGUGAGAAAGAAGCCAUGAAAGCAUAUAGAGCUGCCCAUGAAGAGAAUGACCAAGAUGCUGAAGUAAAUGCUGGUAAUGAGGUUUCAUCAGUACUAAUAGAUAGGGUUGAUGCGAUGCUCCAAAAGCUUGAAAAAGAAAUUGAUGAUGUGGAUGCGAAAAUUGGUGAUCGUUGGCGAUUUCUUGAUCGAGAUUAUGAUGGGAAAGUUAGUCAAGAGGAGGUUGCAGAUGCAGCUCAGUACUUGAAGGAUACCCUGGGCAGAGAGGGGAUUCAAGAACUUAUCAGCAACCUUUCAAAAGAUAAGGACGGCAAAAUUCUUGUUGAAGACAUUGUGAAGUUGGGCAUUCGGGCAGAUGAUAUAAAUGCAGAAGAAGAUGCUAAUGCAGAUGAUAGAGUGUAGUGACAGAAAGGCUAGUGCUGGUUUGAGUUCAUACUUCAUAAAUCAUACAUAUAAAUCCCACAACUUUGAUGCCUGGUUAGAGUUAUUUUUUCCUCACCAAGGGCUGGUUUUGGUUGUAACCUGGUAGCUUAAAUUUGGCCGAGUACAAUUGUCUAAAUUUUGUUUGCCAUUGCCAUGGAACUGAUCCGUGGUGAUCAAUUUUCACGUCACCAUAUAAAGAAAUGUAGUUGAAAUUGUUGCA